AUGAGUAGAGAGAAGGAAGAGGACUCUUUCAGUAUACUCAGGAUUUAUGAUGAACCAGAGGAGAGAAGGAAUAUGCCAGAAAGCUCUGGUAUUUCUUCUCAGCAUGAACAAGUGCAGUACCAACCGGACAGUCCUUGUGAAAUGCUCCAGAUCCCUCCAUGUCCCCCCAUGCAGCAUGGCCCUGUUUAUCAGGAGAUGAGCGGUAUGACCCAGCAGCAGUGGGACCUGCAGACCCUAGACACAUCUGAGCUCCGGGCCAUGUGGUUCUCGGGGGCAGAACCAGGAGAGGCAGCAGAGGCUGGCCCCAGCUUCCUACCAGGAUCUGCGCUUGGCCAGCCCUCUUCUUCACUUUCCCCCAGUAGAGAAGUCUGGUCACUCCUCAGAGGGGUCCCUCCCAUUCCAGGUGAAGUGGUGGUCAGGCAGAGGCCCCCACGGGAUUCCUGGAAGGUUGGCAUGCUCCGCCACGGGAAGAGAGUCUACGCGGUGGCCGUCGGUGGUGCAGCCCGCCACGUGUACACAUGUGGCUCCGGCUACAUCAGGGUGUGGGACGAGAGUGCUCUGCACGCCUGGGACAAGGCCCCUGAGGCCCAGCUGGACCUGCAGAACCCUCAGAACUGUGUCCUUACCUGCAAGCUGUUCCCCGAUGAGCAGAGCCUGAUCACGGGAGGCGUGUCCCAGACCCUGACUCUCUGGGACCUGGCGCCCACACCCCGCGUCAGGGCACAGUUGGCCUCCACAGGCCCCAUGUGCUAUUCUCUGGCCAUCUCCUCUGAUGCUCAUAUCUGCCUGGCUUGUUUCAGAGGAUUUGUGGAGAUCUGGGAUUUACAGAACCAAAUCUUGAUCAGGAAACACGAAGUCCCUAUAUACGGGUCCCGCUGUGUUGACAUCGCAGGCAAUAAAUUCUGGACGGGAGGUGAAGACACCAGCUUGUAUUCCUGGGACCUGCGGAGCUACCAGAGGCUUCAGCAAUUCAAUUUACAGAAUGAGAUCCUCAGCAUUACCCACGAUCCUAGCGAGGAAUGGAUGCUAGUGGGCUUGAGAACGAGUGAUAUCAUAAUCCUACACACUCAUCGGAAGGAGAAGUUCAAGGCUGUCCUACAAAAAUACACCCACCACCACAGCCUCAAGUUCUCCUCCUGUGGCAGCUAUUUUGUGACCACACUGGACGAGUCGAUCCAUUGUUUAGCGGCACCUUCUCUACAAAGGCUGUUUCAGGUAAAGGAGUCCUCAGAUAUCUUGUGUUGUGACAUGUCCUCUGACAACCGGUAUCUGGUCACGGGCUCCAAGAACAGUGCCACGGUUUACCAGCUCAUGUACUGA